AUGGUGACUAAUUUAGAGAGGAUGAUAUCUUUCCCUCACCCAUAUAUUGGUGUGAGAAAUCCAAAGCUUCCUUGGGGUCUUUGGGGAGAUUUUUACAAGCCACCUCAUAGACCACCUCAUAGAUUUACCCUUCCAGGGAAAGCCGCAAAAAACCAUCAGGCACUUAUUCGAAAAUAUCACAUUCUUAAUACAUCUUUUUCAUAG